AUGUCGACUGCCAUUAACAACUAUUCGCUCUCUAAUACGCCGCUAAUUGGAUCUGCUGGAUCGGAUCCUCGCAAAAAAUUCGCUUUUGAUGACCUGCUGCUGCUGCCUUCGGUACCCUCUACGAGCGGGCUGAACAGGAACUACCUGUGCUACUCGGCCAAGGUGUCGCCCGUGUUGCCGCCGAUCGCUCAAGAAGUCGACGUUCAGAGAAAAUACAAGACGGCACCAGCAUCGCCAAACCACCACGACUAUGACUAUUUAUCAUCUGUGGUGACUCCACAAACGUCUCCCGUGUUCGGCCGCGCCAAGCUGGCUGCGACAAGCACUCAGCUUCCGGACUGCUGCCCGGUUAAUCAACAGGAAAACUUACCAUCGCUCAGACACUUACAGUUACUCCCGGACCCUCGUAUCCAAGAAUACGCAUGUUAUUAUCCAGAUACCUCCGAACACACUCCGAUUUGGAAACGCACCUUGGUGCAUUGGUGCAAGGAAAAGAACUACCAGGACUAUACAAAAAUCGUACACGAGAUUUCGCACGAUAGGACCCAACUAACUGCACUGUUAAAGGGCUCCGCCACCGCUGGAGGAAUACCCUCGGUGUUAAAACCCAAGGAUGCCUUUCACGGGCUAUCGGACCACGCAAAGGAUAGGUCGACGCCGAUGACACCACCAAUGAGUCCGCUUGACGAAAUGGCAAGUGAUCAACCGCCAGAAUUUACUCCGUUUGUGAGCAGCAAGCUCAUCCAAACCGUAAGGCAGAACAACAGGAACCUCAGCAGCUCAAAAAACCGUCACAAGAAGACGAACAGCUUCAAAGCUUUGCAACUCAAGAAAAUGCUCAAUAACAGGGACAUUCUGGCUAACGAUUCACAGACAAACGCUACGAAAUACAAAAUAUCCAAAAAGGCGUCCGCGUCCGCGAGUUCUAGCGCCAGCGCCAGUCCCCCGUCAUUGGGUGACUCUCCAGGAUUGAGAAAGCUGGAGAUAAGCAGUGCUGCCAGAAAUCUAGUGAUGCUUUUGGACGCGCAGACAAAACGCUCGAGCAGCCCCUCCAGACCCUCGGAGCCCAUCGCCAGCAGUAGCACUACGCCUACACUAGUAUCGAAAGCUGCUGACCGCAGGCCAAGGUCAAGGUCGCUCUCUCCAGUGCGUCCAGCCACGCCGCCCAAUACCGCUGCCUCUUCCGGGUAUCACAGGUUCGCAUACGAUUCUCCCCAAAGUCCUGUCGCCACGCUGAGGCAGGGCCACGCUGGGAGCACAAAGACCACCCCCAAGAGAAGACGUUCGAGUGGCUCAAGCUCCGCAUUGAGAAAGUGUGUGUCGUGUCACUCGAAUGAUUCGCCCUGUUGGAGACCCUCAUGGUCCGGCAGAAAACAGGACCAACUGUGCAAUUCUUGCGGUUUGCGUUACAAGAAGACUCACACCAGGUGUCUUAAUGAUGCAUGUCGCAAGAUUCCUACCAAGAGCGAAUUGAGCAUAAUGAAAUCGAACGGUCUGCUCCAGGAAUAUAACCCAGACGGAACCAUCACAAUAGGCUACAAAUGUUUAUUUUGCAAUUCUAUCGCUGAGACUUCUGACGCCGACUCACACAGCCACGCAUAG